ACACUCGCACCUGGUUACCAUGGCUACGGGUAAACAACACCAAAAAGCUAUGGCGACACAGAGCGCAGGUACAUUCAUUUAUCUAGCACCAGCAAAAACAGCAUGCUAAAGUACUUUUUUAGUCCGAUUGUCUAUAAACGUAAAUGCAUUUGCACUUUCUGUUUUUAAUAAACUAUCAAGCUCCGAGAGUCGCGUUUGGCAGCUGCCAGAAACGUCUCAUGUUUCCAACGCACUUUGCGCAUGAUCGGAUGGGCAAUGAAAUGCUCGCGCUGCGUGGCUCUACAGAGCUAGGACCCGGAUGUUACGACAACCACGAUGUGGGUACUCUUGUGUAUGAUCUCCAACACAAACCUGAAAGUAAAAGGGGUUAUGCCUUAGCAGCUCGGACCGCCCCACGAUUUUUGCCUCCUGUUAAGAUGGGCACCCCUUCACCACAGAAAUACCAGCAGGAUUGGGCUCAGCCUACAGUUUGCUCUCCUGGUAAAGCAUUUUUUAACAGUUCAACACAAAGGUUCAGAAGCAAACCCUCAGUGAUGGACAACACCAGUCCUGGUCCAGGUGCAUAUGCACAUGACACCAUCCAAAGCAGAAAGGUGUGUUGGCCUAUGAAAUUUGGUGCUCAAGAUUGGUCCAGAGUGCCUCUGUUGGGUAGAAAGGCACUGCGAACGGAGCUCCCUUCUGAUAGAGACUUUCGGACACAGAGGAACAGGAUUGCGUAUCUACGCUUGUACUACUGAUGAACAAACAAACGUCAGUAACUACAAAUUAAUGCAAGAAUCUCUGUGUAGUUGGUCAUUAAA